AUGGCAAUGGUGUUUGCGCAUGCACACUGCCUCGACCCUGCGAAACUGUCCGUCGCUCGGGAGGAGUUUGCGGCCAUGGAGCGCCUCGGCAUUGUAGAGUCCUCGAAUAGUGCCUGGGCCUCUCCGCUACACAUGGUGCCCAAAUCAGAUGGUAAUAAUCGCCAAGCUUGUGCACAGCAAUCCUCUCCACCUGUCCUAGUUGUCAUUGGUGAUUACUACUCAGAGAUAUCCAUAAGCGUUACAGGUCAGCUCCAUCUGGAGUACAUCCCUGAGAUAAGUUACGGUGCAACUUCUGGUUUCCUGAGUGAUAAAACCCGUUUUCCAAGCUUUAUGAGGACCGUACCACAAGAUGAUCACCAAGCUCGUGCCAUUGCCCAGAUUCUUGAUCAUUACGGUUGGACUUGGGUCGGUGUGGUAGCAACUGAUAGUGAAUACGGUCGCUAUAUAACUGAACGCCUCUGGCAUCAUGCAACCAAAAAAGGCAUCUGCUUCGCCUUUGUCUCUGUUCUUCCAGAUGCUUUAAAUGAUGAAUUGCUUGAAGAGAGAAUUAACUCUACAAUCAAAAGCAUCAUAGAUAAUAGAAAUGUUAGUGUUAUUAUUUCCUUUGUCAAAGCUUACUGUAUGAUAGAUAUUUUUGGGAAACUUCUCAAAUAUCCUCAAGCCAGAGGGAAACUUUGGUUGGCCAGUGAUAUUUGGUCACAGUCACCUGAAGUACUGAGUUCUCAGAACUACAAAUUGAGUGACAUAGGAACAAUCUUUGGGAUCACUCUUAAAUCUGGAAACACAACCAAGUUUGAGCGAUAUCUCGAUGACCUUGAUGAAAAUCCCAACCACCACGAGAACAACACAUUUUUGUCUAAUUUUUUAAAUGAGCAUGGGACGAAUUCAUCAGAAGAGUUAAAGAAGUUGAUAUAUCCAUAUGCUGUGUUCAGUAUUGAGCUGGCAGUUAAAGCAAUAGCUCAAGCUGUUAAAGACCUCUGUACUAACCGGAACUGUAAAAGACAGCCCUUACAGCCAUUGGAGCUACGAAGAGCCUUACGGAAGGCAACGUUCUACAUGGAGGAAAAAAGUUAUUCAUUUGAUCACCAUGGUGACCUCAACUCUGGAUAUGAUAUCAUCCUGUGGAAGCAGACUCAAGAUUCUCUAGAUGUGAACAACAUUUUAGCCUAUUACAGUAUAGAACACCAGAAUCUGACUUUCACCUCACAGGAAACACAACAGGCUCUUCAGAGACACAUAGGAAAUGUGACUUCCAGGUGCACAGACAGCUGUAGGCCUGGCUACAGGAAGACUUCAGUUACAGGCCAGCCUGGUUGCUGCUAUCAGUGUGAACCCUGUGCUGAGAACCAAUAUUCCAACUCCAAUGGAGCAGUGCUUACCAUUGUUGUUGGGAUCAUCUUCCUUGCACACUGGAAUACCCCUGUUGUGCGCUCAUCUGUUGGCCCAAUCAGCAUCCAUCUCCUCCUUUCCCUUAUGAUCACAUUUACUAGUGUUAUAUUAUUUGGUGGUCCACCCAAUAGCUAUCAGUGUCAAGCACGGCAGGUGGUGUUUGGCUUAAGUUUUACCUUAUGUGUCUCCUGCAUCAUGGUCAAGUCCUUUAAGAUCGUCUUAGCCUUUGAGUUUGACCCGGUCAUUCAAAGUGUGCUGAAGAAGCUCUACAAGCCUUACCUCAUUAUUGCAGUCUGCAUGGCAGGUCAAGUGGUUAUUGUCACCAUGUGGCUUGUACACGGUCCUCCAUACAUUGACUCAGAGAUCACACAGGACAACAUGAAACUGAUGUUUUGUAAUGAGAAACUAAUUCCUGCAUUUGGAGCCAUGCUAGUCUAUAUUGGCCUGUUGGCUCUCAUCUGCUUUGGUGUUGCUUUUAAGGGACGAAAGUUGCCUGACAGUUACAAUGAUGCAAAGUUCAUCACUUUUGCAAUGCUCAUUUACUUCAUCUCCUGGAUCAUGUUUGGCCCAGUCUAUGUCAAUGUCACAGGCAAAUAUCUUCCAGCAGUGGAGAUGAUCGUUAUCCUCAUCUCAUGCUACGGCAUCUUGUUUUGUCAAUUUUUCACAAAGUGCUACAUAAUUUUGUGUAAGAAGGAAGCAAACACAGAGAAAGCGUUCCGUUGCAAUAUUAGGAAUUAUUCCAUGGAUCACAAAGGCAGUGAGGAUGAGCUGUCAUCCAACAGAGUUGAAAACCCUACUUUAUCUGCAUCAGUUGAGUCACAGGAUAACUGGAAUUCAGUCACACCGCCCUGUGUUUCCUCAAACUCUCUCUUUCCAGUCUCAAACUCAUGGAAUAAUGUCCUUGAAAACAACCUGAAAUCCACUAAGAAGACCCUACAGAGAUACAAUAGCUUACCACCAUCACUAAUCAAAUGA